GACGGGUUGCGCGGGUGCCGUGAAACCAGGUUUGGUUGGACCUUGGCAGACAUCGGCCGAGUGAUAAACAGCGCCGCCAUUGCGGGCGCCGCCUUCCCGAUGGCAUCCAGCGCAACAUCAACAACUCCACUACUCCCUCGUCUGGAGGAGGAUCCAGCAUUACUAGCAGUCAUGCGCCAACGCAGCGACACCUUCUCCAACAUCGUCCGCAAGCAGCUGGGUCGCGAGCAUCCACAUGCGCACCUCCGCGCAGACGAAGUGAAAGGCCCGCUGUCCUUCUUCAACCCCACGGCCGCGACCUUUGACCUCGUCCCGGCGUCCAAACUAUCUACUGGCCCCGCAAGCGGCAUUGCACCGCAAGGCCCACUCCCCACCGGCGCCCGACUCGCAUGGCGCGCACGAGACAACCGUAAAGGGCGCCAUGUGCUUGUGAUUCCUUCGAACGACGGCGCCACUGAUGCCCCGGCCUUCUCCACCUCCUGGUCGCACAUCCGGCGCAUCCUGUGGCGCAUGUGCACCGUGUACGCAUGGUGGGACGUGAGCUGGUGGAUCGCCGUGCUCUUCAGCUGGGGCAGCGCACUCUUCCUGAUCUGCGGUUUCUUCUACUGGCUUCCCCUCGCGGCCCCGAGCACGGAGUUCCCAAAUGAAUCCAGCAUCGGAGGCGGCUUGACCGCAUUCAUCGGCGCGACGAUGUUCACCGUGGGCGGCGUGCUGCUCGUCGUAGAAGCAAGCAACGAGCACCAAACAGGCUGCUUCGGCUGGGCGGUAGAGAACCUCUUCACGCACUCCGACUCCGACACGGAACCCGGCUCCCGACCACCACCAGACGGCAAAUUCACAAUCCGCCAAGAAGCCUGCACCCACCACCACGCGACCGGCGCCCACUCGAGCGCAGCCCUGCACCUCCAGCACCCAGAAGCAGGGCGCAGGUGGGAAUGGUGUCCGACGUGGCAGGAGUUCCGGCGGCACUACAUUUUCGAAAUCGGGUUCAUGGCCUCCUUCGUGCUCGCCAUCGGCGCCGUCAUCUUCUACGUCUCGGGCAUCAUGGCUCUGCCGUGGAUUUACGACAAGAUUUCGCAACCUGUGCUGUACGGCACGUACUGGCUUGCGUACCUCGGCGGUGGCAUUCUGUUCGUCGUCAGCUCGGCGCUGUACAUGCUUGAGACGCAGCCGAAGUGGUAUCUGCCUGCUCCACGUGUGCUAGGCUGGUGGAUCGGCACGUUCAAUAUGAUUGGCAGUGUCGGAUGGACGCUUAGUGCGGCGUUUGGGUAUUGCACUGCAAGCUGGUGCGAGUAUCAGAGUGAUUUGUCGUUGCUUUGGGCGAGUUUGGCGUUUUUGAUGGGCAGUCUGUUGUUAUGGUACGAGGCGAUGGAUAAGUAUCCUGUGAUUAGGGCUUCGGGAUGAUGUCUGGCGGUGGUC